AUGCGUUUUCACCUAGUUAUUUCGCGCCACGGCUUGCCCGUCACGCAAAUCUUGUGGACGACAUCCACAGAACGUGAAUCUGGCACGCGUAGUGCCGCUCCAACAUCUAUUAUUACCUCCACCAGAACCCCAAAUAUUGCCUUUUCGAAUGGCGGAUACACCAUCGCCCAGCUUCUUGAAGACAUCAACGAAGUCAUCCCGUUGGAGACUGUGCCUAGUGCGUUUGACCCCGAGUCGACUGGACAAUGGGGCCUCGAGGAUUAUGUCGUGGAAGUCGGUGGAUCGGAAUGCCUCCAUUUCAUGGAAGUUGCUGGCUUGCUGCGCGAUGAAGACGAAGUUGUCAUCCGAGCUCUCCAAAUUGCUGAUCUGCGCAGCCGACGCCUUUCGGGUCGUCAUCAAAUCGCCUCUGAUGGAAAACAUCUAGUUGACGGUGUUCCAUUCGGUCAACCGUUUAUGCAUAGGAUGUCAUCCAACCGACCUGCGAUCCCGAUUCCCCCACGAAAGAAAAGACGUACCGACAUUUCUGACUGGAACCGUCACCUAACAUACACUCCUGAUGACCUGCCCAAUGCCCAAGAUGAUGAUGAUAACGGUGAAGAACUUGAUUCAGAGUGGCUGCCAACCAGGGCUAAAGCCAGUAGUAAAGGCAAAGAGCUUUCUUUUCUGCAACCGGAGAGCGAAAUUUCCGAAGUGGGAACUGUUAUUAGACACUCUGUUGAGUAUGCGGAUACCGAUAGUGACGAGGAUGUGGAUAUGGAUCAGUCUGAUCACGAUAAUGAUGAUAUGGAGAGCGAGCUCAAAGCUCUCCGUGAUGAGUUUUAUGACCAUGAGCGGCUUUCUAUUGUCGCUCUGCCAAAUUCCGAUUUGAUUUCGCAAAACCAGCGACCCCUCUCAUCACACUCAGCUGGAAAGUCAUCAUUGGUUAGUGAGUCGUCCAUUGGCAAACACCUCCGUCCUGACGACGAUGCUUCAUCACUGAAAGCCUCGAAGGCUGUGCGUUUUGAUUCAGAAUAUUCAGCCAAAUUAUCGUCAGGCUCGUCUUCUUCUGAAGACUCGGACGAUUUGUCUUCAUCUUCAUCAGAUGAAGAAGAUGAUACUAAUCACGGCAACAAACCCAAUGCAGGUUUAGCAGAAUCUAGUUCGUCUAGUUCGUCUAGUUCGUCUAGUUCGUCUGGUUCGUCUGGUUCGUCUGACUCGUAUGACUCGUAUUGCUCGUCCAGCUCAUCUGACUCAUCCUCCGGUGCCGAUGAAUCUGGCAGUGAAAAUUCUACGAAAAAGGUGGAAAGUGCUCCCAUCCAGAACAUUCCUUACAACGGAACCCUGAGAACAAAGCGUUCCAACGCUCGCCAAAAACGCCGUGUUCAUCUAAACAAAUUGAAGGAGUUCGGCUUUCUGCCAACGGAUGCGCGUUUCAAAGAAUUAGAGGAGUGGGAGAGUCAACAUGGUUCUUUUCCUCAUACUGAUUUUGACCUUAAGAGGCUCAAAGCCAAGGUUGACGACAAGAAACAGCUUCUUGACAGGUUGAAGAAAUUUGACUUACUUCCAACGAAUGCGGAUCUCGGAGCAUUGAACGACUGGCAGAGCUCACAUGGUCUUCUCCCCUAUUCUGACUCGGACCUUCAACGAAUCAAAAUUGAUCAGGACAAGCACCUCCAAACGGUGAAUGAAGACAUGCAAAUCGAGGAGGAUAGGGAGCAGCGUCUUGAAAAAUUGAAGGAAUUCGAAUUACUGCCAAUGAAUGCGAAUCUCGAAGUAUUGGACGACUGGGAGGACCAACAUGGUCGUGUUCCUGGAUCUGAUUUGGAACUUGAGCAACUCAAAAUCAAAGAGAACAAGCAACGGCUUUUGGAUAAGCUGGACAAUCCUCUCCCCUACGAGGAUAAAAAGGAGCCGAGAGCUCAAUCAAACAGACAGUACUUCGCUGUGGGCGCUGCCGUAGAUAUGCUACGACAAAGUGGUAUGAUGAAACUGAUCUACUGGAGCAAAAAAAAGAACACCUACGCUGACAAGGAAGACACUCCAGAGUCAGACGACUCCGCCGACAAAGAAGACAACUUAGAAUCAGACGACUCCGCCGAUGACGAAAACAACGAUGCUGAUUGGGGGCAUAAAGCCACUCAAAAGCUUGACUAUAAGGCCACAGAGUGUAUCCAUGAUCACAUUGACUUGACAGCCCCGCCGUUCCCAUUCGAGCAGCGCUGGGAUAAAGGCGCACUUGCUACCAUGAAAAAUCAAACUCGCUCACAGCAUGGCAGUAAAUCUGACAAGAAGCGUAAACGCACCAAAAACGACCUUGCAGAUCUUGAUGUCUACGAAGGUUACGAGGAAGAAUACGAGGAGGGAUAUGAGGAGGGAUAUGAAGAGGAUGAAAUGGGCUAUGAUGAAGCCAAUGCAGAGCUCAACUACGAUGGAAAGCCUGCAGAGGAUCAAGCCCCAGAAAGUACACAAGCAGAAGUUCUAAAAUCUUCUGAUGACCUUCCCCUUUUCCCGGCUGAUAGCAGCUCUGUUUCAGAUCUGCUCGAAUGUGAAGCAAAGAAGGGGGCCAUCAUCGCAUUCCGUCAGCUGGAGUUCUCCAAGGCCACGAAUUGGCAGCCCAAAAUGUCUGGGUACUGCGUUGCAACUGUCCUUGAUGUUCUUGACAACGGCUUGAUUUCAGUGCGACUUGCUGACCGCGAUCGAGUUUCCUCAGACCUAGGUCCCUUUUCGAUGCCGGCGAUCUGGACUGAAGAGGACGAUGGUCUUCGCGAACUUGAAUAUGCAGAGCUGGUCGAUCCGAAGCUUCUGCAGCCUGCGCCUGUGACUAUUGCUGAUGUUAUCGACAAUAACAUUAAUGAGAACGUCAAUAAUACUGCCGACAAGAACAUCGAAGGGCAAACCCUAGUUGGAGAAGAGCCAUCGAUGCUAGCAGGCAGCACUACUCAAGAUUCCUUACCUCAGUCAGCCGUGUCUUGGAAUACAUCUAACGAGAGUCUAUAUCACGAUCGCCAGGUCCUGAAUGACUCUCUACUCGCUCCUGCUGUCGGUAGUGGCUCUGGCCAAGCCUCGUUGCACACAUUGUCCAACGCAGAUAUCGAUGAUUCACGUGGAGCAGGUGCAGAAGAUCCGACCGGCUCUGACUGGCCGAUGUUGAGUAAAGAGGAGGUGUCCCUGUAUUCGACCAUUGAAGAGCAAUUAGAUCAGAACAAUGAUCGUGGCAGCCCAGAACUGAAGGGUCUUCUCUCCGAUUCUUCUACUGUCAAGCGUUCCAAGCAGUUUAAGCAGUCCAAGCAGUCCAAGCAGUCCCAUCGCUCGGUAUCGCAGGUCAAACAGUCUCAAGAAUCUGAAAUUGUUGACCUUACAAGCCCGCCACCCCCCAGCUCCUUGAAAGACAACAGCUCAGCGCCCCACAGCUCCUCGAAGAAGAACAAGGGCAAGAAGCCCCGCAAGUUUUAA